AUGGGAGGCAUGGAAGAUACAAAGGAAAGACUGGAUAGGACAGUUGCCAAUGGAGAAUGGUGCUCACUUUUCCCUAAUGUGGAAGUCUUUGUCAUGGCUAGACGAAGUUCGCAUCACAACCCCAUUAUUAUUUCUUUUGGUCCGAUGGGCAGUUCUGGAAGGCAGAGAAAUAGGCAAUUCCGUUUUGAGGCAAGAUGGACCAAACUAGAUGGAUACGAAGAUACAAUUAAGCGUGUUUGGAGGGCAAAAGCAAGGGAUGAAAAUCCUUGGACAAGGGUCAAAAGCAACCUUUCUUCCUGCCAACAUUCUUUGAAGGUAUGGGUGAAAAAGCAGGUGCUGUCUAAUGAGGAAAUAAUUCGACGGAAAACUGCAAUUUUAGAAGAGUUGCAAACUAAGCCAAGAGAGCCGAACCACCAAGCUGAGGAAGAGAUUAAAGCUGAAUUGCAUGGGUUGUUGGAACAAGAAGAUCUUAAAUGGAGACAAAGAGCUAAGGUGGAGUGGUUAAAAAAUGGGGACUGGAAUACAAAAUAUUUUCAUGCGUGUGCCAAACAACGUAUGAGGAGGAAUCAGGUGACUUCUAUUAAGGAUGCUCUCGAUCGUGUAUGUGAUUCGCCAGCUGCUGUGGGUGAUGCUUUUGUUAGUUUUUUCAAAACUUUACUUACAUUAGCCAAGCUGAGUGGUAUGGAGGAGUGCACCAGUGCAAUUAAGAGCAAGGUGACAUUUCAUAUGAACCAAAAUUUGACAAGAGAAUUUACGACAAGUGAAGUGAAUCAAGCCCUUGAUUAG